ACACAAUUCCCUUCCUGGACCGUCAUGUCGACUGCGACACCGAGCUCUCUAGAUUCCAUUCAACUCCCUCCUGAUGCAAUAAUUCAUGCACACACUGAAGGCAAGAAAGAAGGUUUAUUUGCGGGGCUUACUUCAGCACUCGCAUCAGGCAAGCACGAUUGGCUGCUAAUGGCUUUCCUCUGCGGUCUUGUUAACAUUUCAACUUCACUCCGUGCAGCCCAUGUUGGAUCUAAGUUCAUGAGAUUGAAACGGUACCCAACUAUCGCCUGCGGUGUCAUUACGGCUAUCGCUUCUGGUUAUCUCUUCACCAAGGCAUUUACCGACACUCAUAUCCGCCGUCUGAAGCAAGAAGCAGCGAAGCUAUCAUCUCCUAACGGGAAUGAGUCGUUUUUAAGUGAUCAGUAGACCACCUAAGUACGAGGUCUCCGGCGAAUGCAAUAGUCCCACAAGGAAUUAUGUAGGUCUUGAUGGCGCUCAUACCGUGCUAGACGUCUCGUUCUUUUUCAAUCACUCAAGAUCACACCAAAGGGGCACACUAUUCGGGAGGUCCUUUUCUAUUAUUCCCAGUACACGUGUAUCAAUAGUCCCCAGAAUCUUGACAUGGUUCAUUCUUUCCGUGAAGUUGAACA